AUGUCCGGCCUCGAAGUAGCUGGCCUUGUUCUCGCGGUCGUACCACUUUUCAUCUCUGCAUUUGAGCACUACGAGGCAGGUCUUCGACCCUUCCAGCGCUUCUUCAACCAUGAACAAGAAGCAUCUCGGUACAGGAUCAUACUUCUUGUUCAAUACACGGAGUUCAGCCUGACUCUGCAAUACCUAUUGACUGAACUUACUGACCAAGAUGAACUGGAUGAUAUGAUCACACGUGGCUACGGCGAUCUGUGGAAGGAUUCUCAAUUGAACACGAAGCUCCAACGACAGCUGGGAACAGCUUAUGAGUCCUUCCGUAUUAUUGUGGCCCAAAUAUUCGAUGACAUGGAGCAACUAGCUAUGAUAUUGGACAUACAGAGGCAGGGUCAAGUUACAGGUCCGCAACUGGAGGCUUUGGUGACCUCUCACAAGCCAAAGCAAAGCUUGCCCCGUCGUUCUCCUCAAUCGUUUCUACACACCUACGAGUUUCAGAAGAAGUUGAAGUUCAGUCACAAGGGCAGACGCAUACAGCCACUGCUUGAGGCUCUGAUGCAACACAACAGACAACUUCAGUCUUUUACUGAAAAGAGCAAGAAGCUGGCUAAAGCGAGAUCCAAAGGUUCCAGAAAAGCCUUCAGUACACCAUUGCACCACGUGCAGAAGGGCGCAGAACGACUCUAUAAAGUCCUUAGUGGAACUUGGACAUGUUCACAGCAUGCAAGCCAUGUCGUCAAUCUGAUGCUGGAGCCACGAGUCCAGAUACCGCACUCGAAUUUUCAGGAACCGGAUUCGGUGGACAGCGUCGCCUUCCACCUAACCAUACCUAAUCUUAUGUCCCCGUCCGUGUACCGUAGCAUUCAGGUACACGUGCUGCAUGACGAUGGGACUGCCGCUGUUGUCCAAAGCAGAGUGGCUUUUGAGGCGAGCUCGCAAGCGACACCCCAGAUAGAUGUCACCAAACUGCCAACGGUCGGUUGCCUUUGCAUCGCAAUGGAGGGAUCGCGGUCUCAGAAAUGUGCUGGUUUCUGUGUGGACCAUCAGGAACGACUACUAAGAGACUAUCCACUAUCACAAGAGCUGCAGGAUCUGUACAAGCACCGUUCAGGAAGUUCCACAAGCCUCAAAGACGUUAUCUCCAGACCUCCUACGGGAACCAGACGUCAAAAGCCUUUCAAUAGCUUCCAAGCUUGUCUCCUUGGGUUGACAAUCGCCUCAUCUUUCCUCCAGCUGCGUUCGACUGCUUGGAUUAGUGGUCAAUGGCGAUCCGAAGACGUGUAUUUUGUACAGCGCGCGACAUCUCUGGAUGCGGCAGAUAUCGAGCGACCUUUCAUACGGCAGACUUACUUGAGCCCUGCUGUUGGUCCUCUACAAGCAAACCCUGGCGGCAUGGGCGUGACUGUAACACACAUGGCUGUUGACGACAAAUACGCCUUCCUCAAACUUGGUAUUAUGCUCUUGGAGAUAUUCGCCAGGGAGCCGUUCCCUUCUUCUCAAAGUCCAGCAGCUGGAGACCAAAGAAUGGCUGAUCUGGUCACAGUCAACAAUUGGGUCGAACAAGAGAAGGGAAACAUGACAAAAGCCUUCUAUAAUGCCAUCUCUGCAUGCAUAAGUUGGUUCGCGCAUCCAGGAGCUGAUUUGCGGAACGAUGAUUUCAAGCGAGAAUUCAUCGAUCAACUCAUCAUCCCUCUGAGAGAUGAGUCAAAAAUUUAUGUCUCAGCGACGAGAACUUCGGGACCUUGA